CUGAAGCUGACCCUAGCUUCCUUGGCUUACUAGGUCCUGGAGCAGCCCAUGGUUAUGCUUCUGUUCAGUAUCCAGGAUACGGUCUUGGUUACCAGUACAGCCAUGCUUCCCUUCCUGUCCACUAUGGUAUUUACUGAAGCUGCAUUCCCAACAUAUGGAACCCAGUCUCACCUCAAUUAUUCGAACUUUUAUUGUAAUUUUCUGAUGUUGGUUAUAAUUCAAUUUCAACAUUAAACUAACAUGCAUAUCA